ACUGCCAGAGACGGAGAGAGAAGGUGCCCACCGAGCUGCGUAUCUUCCUAUUACUGUGCAUCACACACACAGAGAAACGGGAACUACUUUCUGUGUACUGGGUCUCUCCAGAUGUCCGUGACUAACCCCACAGCAAGCGCUCCGUGGACGUUUUGACCGGCGGUAACAGUGUUGAGUGUGCGGCACAGGUAAAGAUGGCGAGGGGACCGGUGCUGGUGUUUCUGUCGCUGCUGCUCACUCAAGCUUUAACGGCGCAGGGGUUGCCCAUCAACGGCGUGAACGGAUUCAGUCUGCACCCACCGUAUUUUAAUCUAGCGGAGGGGACUAAAAUCACGGCCACGGCAACCUGCGGAGUGGACGAGAGCCAGCAGCCUAUACAAGACCUCUACUGCAAACUGGUCGGGGGGCCCGUGUCGGGGGACCCAAGCCAGACUAUUCAGGGCCAGUACUGUGACAUCUGCACCUCAGAAGACACUAACAAAGCGCAUCCCAUCAACAACGCCAUCGAUGGCACCGAGCGAUGGUGGCAAAGCCCUCCUCUCUCCCGCAGUGCAAAAUACAACGAGGUCAACGUCACUCUGGACUUAGGACAGCUUUUCCAUGUUGCAUAUGUGCUUAUCAAGUUUGCCAACUCGCCCCGGCCGGACCUGUGGGUGCUGGAGCGCUCUAUUGACUUUGGGAAAACAUACCAGCCAUGGCAGUUCUUCGCCUCCUCUAAGAGAGACUGUAUCGAGCGGUUUGGCCAGAGGACUAUCGAGAGGAUCAACCAUGAUGACGAUAUCAUCUGCACAACAGAGUACUCACGCAUUGUCCCUUUGGAGAAUGGAGAGAUUGUGGUGUCUCUGGUGAACGGACGUCCGGGUGCCAUGAACUUCUCCUACUCUCCUAUUCUGAGGGAGUUCACCAAGGCCACCAACAUCCGCCUGCGCUUCCUGCACACCAACACGCUGCUGGGUCACCUGAUGGGCAAAGCCCUGAGAGACCCCACGGUCACACGAAGAUAUUACUACAGUAUUAAGGACGUCAGUAUUGGAGGGAGAUGUGUGUGUAAUGGCCACGCUGAGGCCUGUAAUGCCCAAGAUCCCAACGAUCCAUACAAGCUUCAGUGUGACUGCCGGCACAACACUUGCGGGCCGUCAUGCGAUCACUGUUGCACCGGCUUCAACCAGUUUCCAUGGAAACCAGCCACGACUUACAGUGCCAAUGAAUGUGAACCAUGUAACUGCCACAGACACUCAUCAGAGUGCUACUAUGAUCCAGAGAUCGAUCAGAGGAGAGCCAGUCUCAACAUGCAGGGAGAAUACGACGGCGGAGGAGUGUGCGUCGAAUGCCAGCAUCACACCACAGGCAUCAACUGUGAGCGCUGCAUUCCUGGGUAUUACAGAUCACCUGAUCAUUCUCUUGAGUCCCCGUUCGCCUGUUCAGAGUGUCAGUGUGAGUCUAAGUUCACUGACGGCACAUGUGAGGACCUGACCGGACGCUGUUACUGUAAACCCAACUACACCGGUGAGAACUGUGACACAUGUGCGGAGGGAUACGAAGGCUUCCCUGAAUGCUACCAGAGGUACAUCAGUGGAGAGGCCAGACCUGCAGGGGAAAUCAUUAACUGUGAGUGCAGCGCUGCAGGUACAGAAGGGAACUCCUGUAGGCCGGACCCUCACACCAAUACAUGUGUGUGUAAACCUGAAUUCACCGGAGAACACUGUGACACCUGCGCUCCUGGUCACUUCGGCCUCAACUGUCAGCGCUGUCAGUGUUCAGGCCAGGGUUGCCUGGAUGGGUCCUGUGAUGCACUAACGAGCCAGUGUGUGUGUCGGAGCGGGUUUCAGGGUUAUUCAUGCGAGCAGUGUGCGCCCGGCUACUUCAACUACCCACUGUGCCAAUAUUGCGGUUGCAGUGUUGUGGGCUCUAUGCCUGAGAUAUGCAACACAGCCGGUCAGUGUUUGUGCAGGCCGGAGUUCACUGGUCCUCGCUGUGAUCAGUGUCGCUCAGGGUUCCACUCAUAUCCAAACUGCCAGGUGUGCACUUGUGACCCUCGCACAUCUUUGGACUCCAGCUGUACCUUGUCGGGUCAGUGUAACUGCAGACCCAACUACAGUGGCCCCAAAUGUGACCAAUGUGCACCCGGAUAUUACUCCUAUCCCAGCUGCACACCAUGUCGUUGUUCAUUGGAGGGCUCUCGCUUCAGCUCCUGUGAUCCAGUGUCUGGUCAGUGUGUUUGUCUGCCAAACAUUGUGGGUCAGAGGUGUGAUAGCUGCAGUCCUGGGUCAUAUGGCUUUCCCCUCUGCCAAGUCGGGACCUGCAACCCAGCAGGCUCUGUUCAUAAUGACAUCCUGCCCACUGUGGGCUCCUGCAACUGUCGGCCUCAUGUGGAGGGGGUGGCGUGUGAUCGCUGUAAGCCUCUCUACUGGAAUCUUUCUCUCCAUACAGUCUAUGGAUGCUCAAGCUGUGACUGUAAUACAUUAGGAACUAUGAGUGAGGUUGCAGAGUGCACUCAGAGCACCGGCCAGUGUUACUGUAAACCCAACGUGUGCAGCGGCACAUGUAAUGUGUGCAAGGAUGGGUACUUCAGCCUUCAGAAGAACAACUACUUUGGGUGCCAAGGCUGCCAGUGUGAUAUUGGAGGCUCUGUUGGGCAGGCGUGUAAUGAGAGGCACGGGCGGUGUCGAUGCAGACCCAAUGUGGAGGGACCCAAAUGCAACCAACCUCGGUCAGAUCAUUAUUUCCCAGACCUGCACCAUAUGAAGUCUGAAGUGGAGGAAGGCACCACCAUGGAUGGACGUCCAGUGAGGUUUGGUUACAAUCCUCUGGAGUUUGAGAGCUUCAGCUGGAGGGGAUAUGCCCAGAUGUCUCCCAUACAGCCUCGGGUUCUGGUUGAGGUGGUGGUUGGCUCUCCAGACCUGUUUCAUGUGGUCUUGCACUAUGUGAACCGCGGGGGCGUGGACGUGAGGGGGCGGGUCUCUGUGAUCGAGGAUGGCAGACACUUCCUGUGUGGGAAUUGCUCUGAGCAGUCCAAGCAGAUCGUCUUUGCACCGACUUCAGAACCUACAUUUGUGAGUGUGCCUCAGAACAGUUUUGUGGAGCCAUUUGUCUUGAACCCAGGAACCUGGACUGUGAUUAUUGAGGCGGAGGGCAUUCUGCUGGACUACCUGGUGCUGUUGCCCAGUGCAUAUUACGAGGCUCCUAUCCUGCAACUUCAAGUGACUGAACCCUGUUCAUACAGCAACACACAGGAUUCCAGUCAAAACUGUCUGCAGUACAUGUAUCUGUCUCUGGAUGAGUUCCCAUCCAUAUCCAGCAAUGAUGCCAACUGCAGGUCUGAUAAUCACUUGCCCAGACCCUGCCACAUUGAAAAGAUCACUCCCCGCCAUCCCAGCAUGGCCAUCUGCAGCGGCAAUGACAUGAACGUCCAGCUGCGUGGUCGUGUUCCUGUUCCUGGAGAGUAUGUGUUGGUGGUCGAGUACGCCAGUGAAGAUCAGUUCCCUCAAACUUUCAAUGUGUCCAUUAAUUCACCGGGUGAAAGCACUCAUCAAGAGCAAAUAAUCCUGCUCCACUGCAAAUACAGUUUCCUGUGCCGUGCAGUGUCUGUAGAUGACAAGAAGCGUGUGGCAGUCUUCACUCUCUCCACAGAGGCCGAUAUCCUGCUUACCACAGACAGAAGCAGUUUUUUCCUUCACAAAGUGUUCCUCAUCCCUCGCGCUCAGUUCACCAUGGAGUACCUGAAGCCCAGAGUUCACUGCAUCAACACACAUGGGCACUUCUCUCCAGACAGUUUCCGUUUUGCUCCGUUUACACUGAAACGCAACCCGGUAUUUGUCUGCUUCCUUUCCCAGAAUGCUGUAAUUUAUUCAACACUUGUACAUGCACUGGGCCGUUAUGUGUUCAUCCUGCAUUACCAUCAGCCCCUGCACCCAACUUACAACGUCCAGGUCCACAUCAACGGAGGACGCAUAUGGCAAGGCCACGUCAAUGCAUCCUUUUGUCCCCAUGGUUACGGUUGUCGUAGUGUUGUCAUGUCAGAGAGCCAGAUUAUCUUGGAUGUGACGGACUAUGAGAUCAUCCUGACCCUGCGUGUUCCAGACAGAAAGACACUGUGGCUGGACUAUGUACUUGUGGUGCCAGAGAGCACGUACAGCUCCAGCUUUUUGUCUGAGGAGCCACUGGACAAAUCCUACGACUUCAUCAGCAACUGUGGUCAAAACAGCUUUUACAUCAACCCGUCCACAGCAUCUCCGUUCUGUCGUAACUCUGCUGUGUCUCUGUCUGCGUUCUUCAAUAACGGCGCCGUGCCCUGCGGCUGUCAUGAGGUGGGCGCUGAGAGCGAUACCUGCGACACCUUCGGAGGACAGUGCAAGUGCAGACCCAACGUGAUUGGCCGAGACUGUUCCCAGUGUGCCACGGGAUACUACGGCUUCCCAAACUGUAGACCAUGUAACUGUGGUACUCGUCUGUGUGAGCCAGUCACGGGCGAGUGCAUCUGUCCUCCACGGACCCUGCAGCCAGACUGUGUCACCUGUGAACCCCAGACGUUUGGAUGCCAUCCUCUGGUGGGGUGUGAGUUGUGCAACUGCUCCAGGCCUGGAGUGGCUUCACUGGAAAUCGGCUGUGACACACACAACGGCCAGUGCAGGUGCAGGAACAACAUUGUUGGCCGUCAGUGUGACAGGUGUACCCCAGGUUUUUAUGGAUACCCCAACUGCAGACCAUGUGACUGCAGCGAGGCAGGAACUGAGAAAGAUGUCUGUGACUCCAUCACCGGACGCUGUUUAUGCAAGGAAAAUGUGGAAGGCUCUCGCUGUGACCAGUGCAAACUGGGAACGUUUCAUUUGGACCCCACUAAUGCUAAAGGCUGCACUAAGUGCUUCUGCUUUGGAGCCACUGACCGCUGCCACAGCUCUGUCAAACGGAGGAGUGAGAUCAUGGACAUGGCUGGCUGGGUGCUACUGAGAAGUGACAGACAGGAAGUUCCCGUGUCCACGUAUCUCGAUCAAGAUCUGGUGGAGGCUGAUCUGAGUGACGUACCUGACGUCUCGCAGGACCUCCACUGGCAUGCUCCUCGCGCUUACCUCGGCGAUAAAGUGUCAUCCUACGGAGGCUAUCUGCGCUACCGCUUGCAUACGCAGACCAUGAGAGGUGAUGCUUUUCUGAUAGUUGAGACCACACGGCCUGACGUUAUACUCAAGGGGAAUCAGAUGACUCUGGUGUACAUGGAAAGAGAGUAUUCCUCUCCUGAAGACCCUCAUGAGGGCAUCGUUCACCUGGUAGAGGAGAGUUUCAGGCACGCUCAGACGGGGAACUCUGUGUCCCGUGAGGAGCUGAUGAUGGUGUUGGUGGCGCUGGAGUCACUGCAGAUCAGAGCGCUGCACUCUCAGUCUGCUCAGUCUGUGUCGCUGCGCGCUGCUGUGCUGGAGGGGGCCGACAACCUGCCCUCUGGCCGCCAUGCAAACAAUGUUGAAAUUUGUCUCUGCCCAGGACACUAUCUAGGAGACUCCUGUCAGAAAUGUGCUCCAGGCUACUACAGAGACACUAAAGGGCUGUUCCUCGGGAAGUGUGUCCCUUGUAACUGUAACGGUCACUCUGAUGAGUGUCUGCAUGGCUCUGGCGUAUGUGUGAACUGCCGCCAUAAUACCGCUGGAAAUCAUUGUGAGCAGUGCCUGGGCGGUUUUCAUGGGAACAACACUGUUGAUGGCCACGCAGUGUCCUGCUCCAGCUGCCCCUGCCCGCUGCAAGUGGCUUCAAACAAUUUUGCCAUUCGCUGUGUGGAGAAGCCCAAUCAUAUGCAGUGUCUAUGUAGGCCUGGCUAUGCUGGAUCUAAGUGUGAAAGAUGUGCACCAGGACACUAUGGAAACCCAAUGGUGAUUGGCAGUACAUGCCAGCCGUGCAACUGCAAUGGAAACUCAGACCCCAACAUGCUGUUCAGUGACUGCCACCCUUUGACGGGCGAUUGUCAGAGCUGCAUGCACAACUCCGCUGGGCCGCACUGUGAGAUCUGCGCCCCGGGUUUUUACGGGGAUGCCAUCACUGCCAAGAACUGCACUCGAUGCAACUGUUCUCCUUGUGGCACUGAACGUUGUGACCCUCACACGGGACAGUGCCACUGUAAGCCUGGUGUGGUGGGAGCCCACUGUGACCUCUGUGAGCAUGGGGCAUUUGGAUUUGAUACCUGCUCUGGUUGCCGUAAGUGUGAUUGUGAUGCAGCAGCGGCAUUGGUUCAGCCUUGUGACCCUGUCAAAGGCACGUGUGCCUGUCAGCCUGGGGUUAACGGACCGAACUGCCGCCAGUGUGCUCCAGGUUACUGGGGCUACAGCCCUAAUGGCUGCAAGAAGUGUGAGUGUAGAGGAGGCCGCUGUGACCCUCGCACAGGAGAGUGUCAUUGUGCAGCAGGUCUGACAGGGAAGCAGUGUGACACGUGUCUUAAUAAAUACAGUGUCCCUGUGCUUCAUGGGGCAGAUGUGCACUGUCAGCUGGUAGAUCGUGUGAAAAAUGAGAUUGCAAACCAGACACUAAAUAAUGAGGCUGUGGCAGAGAACAUCAGAAACAAACUCAACCAGUUCAAUCAGCAGCUGAUGGACCUGAGAGACGCUAUGAAUGAGGCCGUCAAAAACACAGCAAACGCCGUAGAGGCCAACAAUAUUCAUGAGAAACGCAUGGAGGAGUUGCAGAAUACAGUAAAUAACCUGCUGAAGAAGCAGAAGGAGGUGGAGAACCAGCUUCAGAUGGCAGAUGAUGAUGUGACGCAGGUCAACGACCUCCUCUCCAUGCUCCAGGACUCCAAAGAGGACUACGAGCGUCUGGCUGCUCAGUUGGAUGGAGCGAGGCAGCCUCUAGCUGAGAAGGUUCAGAAAUACGCUCCCUCCGCCAAUAAAAUUCCCCUGGUAGAAGCUGCAGAGAAACACGCUGAAAUGCUGGACCAGCUCGCCAAUAAUCUUUCCAGUCUAAUAUCUGGCUCCAAUCGAGACGGUUUCAUACAGCGUGCUCUGAACGCAUCAGGCGCAUACACUGACAUUAUAAACAGCGUGCUGGAAGCCGAGACUGCAGCUAAGAAAGCCAGUGAAGCUGCUACUGAGGCUCUGGAGAACAUAAAGGACAAAGACCUGCCCCUACAAGCUGCUACACUGAAGAAUCAGAGUAAUGAGCUUGUGAAGGAAGCAGAGGAACUGAAUAACAGCAGUCAAAGUCUAAAGCCACGUGUGGACUCAAUACAGAAAAGUUUGCAGGAUGGUGAAAAGAAAAAGGAGAAGAUGCUCCAAGACCUAAAGAACAUUCAGAAUAGCCUCAAUGCCAGUCGAGAAGACAUUGCAAAAGACAUCGCCGCAGCUAAGAGUGCAGUGGAGCAGGCUAACAACACGGUGACUAAUGUUAGCAACGCGCUGGCUCCAAUUCAGAAGCAGCUGGAGGAAUGGCAGAAGCAGUACGGAGACUCCAACGCUACCAGCGACGAUAUCAACAAAGCCCUCAAUGAUGCCAAUACCUCAGUGGCAGCGCUGAGCGACACUCUUCCUCAGCUGAUGAAGAAGUUGGAUCGUCUGCAGAGCACCUCAUUUCAGCCGUCCAACAUCUCCGACAGCAUCCAGAGAAUCCGCCAGCUCAUUGAACAGGCUCGCAAUGCUGCCAACAAGGUGAGCGUGUCAAUGCAGUUUAAUGGUAACUCAGGAGUACAAGUGAGGACGCCCAGUAAUGUGGCCGAUCUGGCAGCAUAUUCAUCGCUACACAUGUACAUCAAGCUACCACGUGCCACACGUACACUACGCCAAACUGACACCACCAAACCCCAGUUUGUCCUCUACUUUGGUAACAAAGAUUCCAAAAAGGAUUAUAUGGCAAUGACGCUGGAAGGAUCAAAGCUGCGCUGGUACUUCAAUGUGGGAGAAGAUACAGCGCAGGUGAUAAUGACUGAGGACGUGAAUAAGGAUUACUUCAACAAAAUUGUCCUGGAGAGGACUCUACAGUAUGGUCAGAUGGCAAUGUCCACAGACUCAGAAGAAACAAAAAUAGUUAAACAAAGCAUGGAGGCAAGAGAAGGAAAAGGCCUGCUCAACUUACCAGCUGAGGAGACUGUGUUUUAUGUCGGAUCUUAUCCCAGCACAUUCACUCCUCCAGUGGAUCUGAACAUGACAUCUCCUAACUUCUUCAAGGGCUGCCUGGAGUUAUUAAGUCUAAAUGAAGAACUAAUCAGCCUCUAUAACUUCGGGCAAACCUUCCAAAUGAACACCACAACUGACCUCCCUUGUUCACGGAGGAGGCCAGCAAAUACGCCCGAGUGGGGAGUUGACGGAGUGUAUUUUGAUGGUUCGGGCUAUGUUGAGGUUUUGUUCGAAACUCUGAAGGACGACCGUGUGUUUGAGCAGCAUGUCAAACUCAUCUCACAAAACGGCAUUCUCCUGUUGUUCCAAAGACAGGAUAAGUAUGUGUGCAUAGCUGUGCAAGGAGGUCUUCUGAAAGUCCUCCAUAACCUUGAUGGACAGGUGUCCAACUUAACUGACCCACAACAAGAUUCCAAAAUUAAAAUCAGUAAUGCGCAGGCGAAAUUUUUGGAUGUUAUCUUUCAACUUUCGAAAAAUGAAAUGCUAGUGAGGCUAGAUCGUCAGAAGGUCUACACGCUUUCCAGCAAAGAGCUCAGCUUCACGGGACGAUAUUUCCUGGGUGGAGUGCCAGAUGAUCAGAUGCCCGAGAGUUUAAAGAGUGUGUUUGGUAAGCGCGGCUCCAUAAAGGGCUGCCUCAGGACCAUUAAGGCCAUGAGAAGCUUUGUUCAAAUGAAGACCAUGAAGAGUGCAGGGAUCAGCUAUGGCUGUCCAGAUGACCUGCUGUUUACUCGUGAGGCUCAUUUCACUGGAGAAGGUUACCUGGGCUUGAAAAUGGACGAUGUACUGAAUCCAGACAGCUUCUAUGCUGGCAUCGGCUUCAGAACUGAUCAGCAAACCGGGCUCAUGUUUUACCGCCAAGGCCAGAGUGACAGGUGUCAGGUGGUAUUAGACAGAGGCCAUGUAGUAGUCAGUACUGAAAAAAAUGGAGUCAGGUCUCAGAAGACGUACAAUGAUGACAACAGUCACUAUGUUGCAUUUUACCGCAUCAGAGAUGGGUUACUUGUUUAUAUAGAUGAUGUUCUUGAGAAGCAAGGAGUAAAUGUCAGUGCGGCUGACAGCAGGACGGCGCUGCAAUCUGACCUUUCUUACGUGGGCGGCACACCUGAGUCAGACGGCCUCACCAACCUCACCGGCUGCGUCAGUAACUUCUUCAUGAAGAGAAAUAAUGAGCCCCAGACAGUAGAAGAUAUGAAAAAAGCUCAAGAGGGACACGAAUACACAUUUGUUUGCCCCUCCUCUUCAGUCCCACUGGAAAUACUGGAUUCACCACGGCGAAUGAAUCCAAAGAAUAAGCCUCAUGGAAGUCGAAUGGCACGUGGCUCCUGUCAGGGUGAGAUGUCCAUCCAGGAAGUCGACGCUCAUCAUUUCAGUGGCUCCUCCCACAGUCAUCUGAGAUUUGAUUCGCUGCCUCAAGCAUUUAGCAAGGCGCCGCACAUCUCUGUCGGUGUGCGUGUGAACUCCUCGAGUGGACUGAUUUUCCACGUGGCGGAAGGGAAAGGCCAGAGGACCAUGACGCUCUCUGUGUUCGAUGGCCAUCUGAUGCUGACGGUCAACGGUGGAAAGAGGAAGACCAGCAUACGCAGCAAAAACAAAUACAGCGAUGGCCUGUGGCACACGGUGUUUGUGAGAGUGGAGGCUGACAGGGCGUCUCUGACAGUGGACGGAAUCCACACCCAGAACAAGAGGGUGACGGGCGGAGGGAAGACUGCUUUUGGUGCUCCUCUCUAUAUCGGGGGACUUCCCUCUGACCACAGCGCAGCUAUGGCUGGUUUCGUUGGUUGUGUGCGGGAUCUGAAUCUGAACGAGGUGCUGUCACAGAGCCCCUCUCACAGCGUGGGAGUGACACCCUGCUACCAGCAGCCCCUCCAGCCCGGGGUUUACUUCUCCAGUCAGGGAGGAUAUCUGACCAUCGACGAAUCGCUGGUGUUGGCCCGGGACCUCGAGAUCCAGCUGGAGGUGCGUCUGGUUUCGGACUCUGGACUCCUGCUGCACGCUGGAGCCAAGAAAACUCGACAGCUGAGUCUCUUUCUGAACCAGGGCCAGGUGACUGUGUUGGUGAACAGCGGAAGUGGAGAGUUUUCAGUCAGUCUGACACCAGAAGAGUCUCUCUGUGAUGGAGGUUGGCACACUGUUGCAGUUGUGAAGAAGAGUAACGUCAUCCAGCUACACGUGGAUGCGGCGAGUGAACAUGGAGUGGGUCCCAAACCGAGCAGAUCAAAUGGGGGCAAAGAGACUGUUUAUCUGGGCGGCGUGCCAGAUACCAUAGCCGUGCCAGGUCUCCCGUCAACCGUCCUCUCUUUCCACGGAUGUGUGAGGAAAGCUAUACUGAACCACAGGCCUGUCAUGCUGUCCAAACCCCUGUCAGUGUCUGGAUCUGUGGGGACUCAGGGCUGCCCUGCAUUAUAGACCACAGCUACAUUAGCCCUACAUACUCUACACUCACACUAUCAAAUCAGCAGGUGGUGGGUUUGCUUAGCAUUUAACUUAAACUGAUAUUUAUGUUUACUUUCAUGACACCUGUGUAUGUAGAUUAAAAAGCACUGUAAGUGCCGAUACGCCACUGAUAAACUAUUACGUUCAGAACGGCAGGGACCAGAGGAAUAUAGAGAUGGAUUGGCACUGGAUUCAUAUUGUUCCAGGUUUAAUUAGUACAUUGAUACAAUCAUAUGACCAUUAAAUGGGUUUUAUGGGAAUAUUUAGUUGUAUAAAAACACUGGAGAGCAAUUGAAUGUGGAUUUCCCAUGUGCCAUAGGGAUGCAUUGUGUAUUAUGUAAAAUCACUGGAGUUGAAAACUCAAGAAAUAUUAUUUUUGUCACUUUUGAUGUUUUGUCAGAUUCCCUUAGCUGUAUUUUUAUUGGCAAUAAACAUUUCCUUUA